AUGCUUCAAAUAUGGGAAGAUUUUGAUAAAAAUUUAAUAAAUUAUCAAAUUUAUCAAGUUUUUUUGAAUGGCAAUAUCGAUCGAUGUCAUUUCGUAAAUGGUCAAAGUUCUUUUAAAACGUGGUAUAAUAAAACAUUUGGUCACAAUCAAAGUUGUAAUCAGCUCCUUGAUUUUAAUGAUAUUGACGGUCCCUUAUGUUCAUGUUCACAUAGACCAGUAAAAUGUCCAACUGAGCAAUGGUCUUUAACAAAUGCUAUUGCAUAUACAUUUCAUGAAAAUCUUUAUAAUGGAAUUAAUAGUUCAGACGCAUGUCCAGCCAUCACCAAGCUCUUCAAUAUGAUUCAAAACAAAUGGACACGUCAACAGGUAGAAAAUUACCGAAAAGAGUCUCAUAUCGAUUCACAGAAUGAAUAA